UAUGUGUGUGCGCCCACGCGCGAGUCUCAUGGAAGAUGACAAAUUUCCAACGGGGUUGAGGGUUCUUGUUGUGGAUGAUGAUACUACUUGCCUCAAGUUGAUGGAUACUCUCCUUAAAAAAUGUCAAUAUCAAGUUACGACGACGAACCAAGCAAAGGAAGCACUGAGGAUUUUGAAACGAAACAAGAACAAGUUUGAUAUUGUGAUCACCGAUGUUGAGAUGCCGGACAUGGAUGGUAUCAAGCUCCUUCAACUCGUAGGUCUCGAAAUGAAUCUACCUGUCAUUAUGCUAUCAGCUUAUAGUGAUACGAAGCGAGUGAUGCAAGGUGUAAGGAAUGGUGCUUGUGACUAUUUGGUGAAACCUGUCAGGAUUCAGGAGCUCCAAAACAUAUGGCAACAUGUUGUCAGGAGGAACAAGCAACAACAACAAAGGCCAACAGCUAUUGUAGAGAGUUCUAAUAUUUCUGGAGAUGAUGACAACAACAACAAUAAUAAUAAUAAUAAUGAUGACGAUGAAGAUGAAGAUGAUGAAGGUGAAGAAAGUGGCCAUGAGAACGAGGACCAAACAACCCACAGAAAGCCCAGACUUUUUUGGUCUGUCGAAUUACAUCAGAAGUUUGUGGAUGCUGUCAACCAAUUAGGCCUUGAUAAGGCCUUUCCUAAGAAGAUCCUUGACCUAAUGGACGUUGAAGGACUCACAAGAGAAAAAGUUGCAAGCCAUUUGCAGAAAUAUAGGCUUUACCUCCGAAAGGUAAAUUCAGGGUCGAAUCAGCAGGCAGGAAGAAGUGGGGCAGAGGAUGCACACAUAGGUCCUCUUGGUGGAGGCUAUGGAAUAUAUCGCAGCCUUGCAGGGGCAGGUAGAUUUCCAGAUCAGUCAGGUGGUGGAGGAUUGCUUGGUCGCUUCAACACCUCUUCCGGUAUUAGUCUUAGAGGCCUCUCUUCUUCCCCAAUGCUUCAAACACCCCAACUUUCUAACUCCUUCAAUACUCUUUCCAAAUUUGGGCCUUUGAAUACUAGUUUAUUUCAACAGAUGCCACCAACCACUUCCAUGAUGAUUAAUGGAACCCCAACAUUAAACACCAGAGAUUUUGGACCCUCUUCAAAUCUUACUCCUAAUUUACUGGAUCCUAGCUCCAAAACCAACUGGGGAACUCCUGUUCAACCUCCUACAACUCAACCCCUUUCAACCCCUCGAAAUUUGCUUCCAAUCAAUGUCUCUAAUGAUGGCAUUGUUCCAGUAAGUAAUACUCAAAUCCAGAGUAUUCAAAAUGACCCCAUUGAUGUUUUUUGUGGAUUCUCAUCCAUGGGUGCUUCGAAAGGAAAUGUACAAAGCCAAGACUGUCCAAGUGGUUUCAACAGCUUCAAUAAUCUGGCACAACCACAAAUUUGGAAUAAUCAAAGGCCGGAUUAUGUUCUGAAUUCAUGUAAUUUUUCCAACACUUCAAGCUCCGUGAUCACGUCUGCUACUCCUCCAACACUAGGAGAUAAUGUGAGAGAAAGCAACAAUAACAUGAUGGGGUUUUCACCCUUCAGCCAGUUGGGAGGUACUUGUUCACAAAUCCAAGUUCAGAAAUCCAAUAGCGACUCAACUCUCAAGUUUGAUGACAAUUACCUGCUGGAUGACCCAAAGCUUCUCAGUGGUUCAAACCAGAGUAAUUCUGAAUCCUUGGAGGAUAUAGUGGGGAGAUUUCUCAAACAGGGAAAUGGUGAAACUGCAACAGGAAGAGAAGACUUUGGGCUGGACCCUUACCUAAUGUAGUAAUGUAGUAGUAGCAGUUAUGUAGGAAUUUAUAAUUUAUUUCACCCUAGAGGACACAUUUUCAUUGUAAUUUCUGGAUGCUAUUUAUAAUUUAUGUAUUUGUUAUUAUCACAGCGCACAAUGAGCCGUAUUGCUCCUUGUGCUGUGACAGCAAAGUGAUAACCAAAUUUGUUAGCUGUG